ACGUUCUAAUUCAAGAUCUAAUUCAAAAAGGUUAUACAUGUGCUAUCAAACAGCAUUAGUCUGAAAUGUCAUUGGUAGGAUUACCCUCAGAACUUUGAAUUUAGUAUUUGUACAAAUGAGUAUACAAUUUUACUUUAUUUAUAAAAUAAUAUUUAAACGUAUUUGAAUAUGUAUUAUACAUCAUAUAUAAAAGUAAUUGUAAAUAAUAAAAACAAAGAUAUGUCACUUUUAGUUUUUAACAAUAAAAUAUAUAUUAUACUUUUUUGUAUAAUAUUUAUAUUUACAGGAUAGCCAAUUGAAAUCUCAGUUAAAGCAAAUUGUCUUUAUGACAAAUGUAUAUUAACUUUUUUAUGAUAAUUGUCAUCAUUAAUAAUAAACAUUUCUCGCUGUUUUUUUUUAUUUUUUUUAUCGCAAAAUGUAUAAUGCAAGUAUAUAUAAAUUAUACAAGUAUCUUUAAAAAUAUUUAAACUCUAAAUUCAUUUUUUAAAAAAUAAUAUAUCUAAUUCACAUUUAUUUUACGUGUAAAAAUAUCAAUAGAAUUCAACUAGAGAUACAAAAAUUUGCAAUGUUUCCUAGGGAAUUUUCUACAGUUUCUUAUUUAGUUGUCGGUCAGUAUUGCAGGCCAUAACAAUCGAUUUACUCUGCAAAUUUCAGCUAUUCGAAACUUCGCGAAGAAGGAACCAGUUACCAGUGGUACCUUCUCGAAAGAACGUCUUUCUCAAAAGCACUAGCUUAUAUCGGAGAAUUGCCGGCAUACAUGUGAGUGCGCGAGUUAACAUCGAACUUUUCAUUAACUUAUUAUUAAUAAUUAUUAUAUUGGUGUAUUUAAUAUUGUUGUUUAUAUACAGUAAAACGAGGAAGCUUGUUUUUUGAGAACCUGGUAGUUUCACCUCCAACGGGAGCAUGAUCGUCGUGAGCAACAGGUUGCCGUUCGUGCUAAAGAGGAAUGAAAUAACCGGUCAACUGGAACGCAAGGCCAGUGCUGGAGGACUUGUGACAGCGGUAGCACCGGUUGUCAUAAGCGGAAAUGGAGUCUGGGUCGGAUGGCCCGGUAUGCACAUGGAGAACCGAGAUGAACCAAUUCCUGAAUCUGAUCCUAACGAUCGUACACCAACAGCUGGUCUUUUGUCUCGAAAGGUUGUAGCAGUACAUGUUGAACCAAACAUUUUCGAUUCGUACUACAAUGGAUGUUGCAAUGGAACUUUUUGGCCAUUGUUCCACUCUAUGCCUGAUCGAGCGACCUUCAUUGCGGAACAUUGGCGAGCGUAUUCCGCGGUAAAUGAAGAAUUCGCAGCAAAAACGGUUCGUGCUUUAGAAGAAAUCCAUAAAGAGCAAAAGAAUCAACCAAAUGGUACACCACUGGUGUGGGUGCAUGAUUAUCAUCUAAUGUUGGCUGCGAAUUGGAUUAGACAAGCAGCUGAUGAGAAGCAACUUAAGUGUAAAUUAGGUUUCUUCCUUCACAUCCCUUUUCCACCAUGGGACAUAUUCAGAUUAUUUCCAUGGGCUGAUGAAAUCCUUCAGGGAAUGCUUGGUUGCGACAUGGUCGGUUUUCAUAUUCAGGAUUAUUGUCUGAAUUUCGUCGACUGCUGUCAGAGAAGUCUCGGUUGCAGAGUCGAUCGUAAGAACUUAUUGGUGGAGCAUGGUGGAAGAACUGUACGAGUGAGACCGCUUCCAAUUGGUAUUCCAUUCGAUAGAUUUGUCUCGCUGGCCGAGACUGCCAACAAAGUCAUAUCAACUAAUCAGAAAAUUGUAUUGGGCGUUGAUCGUCUCGAUUAUACUAAGGGUCUGGUUAAUAGACUGAAAGCUUUUGAGAUGCUGCUGGAAAAGCAUCCUGAACAUCGAGAACAGGUUACUAUGCUUCAAAUUGCUGUACCAUCGCGAACAGAUGUACGUGAAUAUCAAGAUUUAAAACUUGAAAUGGAUCAGUUGAUUGGUCGCAUAAAUGGUCGAUUUACAACACCCAAUUGGUCUCCUAUUCGUUAUAUUUAUGGUUGUGUGAGUCAGGAUGAGUUGGCGGCAUUCUAUAGGGAUGCUGCUGUUGCUCUCGUUACUCCACUCAGAGAUGGAAUGAAUUUGGUUGCCAAAGAAUUUGUUGCUUGUCAAAUCAAUACACCACCAGGUGUACUGAUUGUUUCUCCAUUUGCUGGAGCUGGAGAAAUGAUGCAUGAAGCUUUGAUUUGUAAUCCAUAUGAAAUAGAUGAAGCUGCAGAAGUUAUUCAUAGAGCUCUUACUAUGCCAGAAGAUGAACGCACAUUAAGAAUGAAUCACUUAAGACGUCGCGAAAGAAUCUACGAUGUUAAUUAUUGGAUGAAAUCUUUCCUGCAAGUAAUGGGAUCACUCGAAGAACAUGAUUCUGUAGGUGCUACGACAAUGCAACCGGUGACUAUGGAUGAUUUCGAUGAUUAUUUGAGCAAUGACAUCCACAUGUCCCCUAGGUAUAUCGGCGAUAAUCAUAAAUUGGCUCUCUUAUUGGAUUAUGAUGGUACGUUGGCUCCUAUUGCAACGCACCCGGAUCUUGCAAUCUUACCACUUGAAACAAAGAAUGUUCUACAAAGGUUGUCCAACAUGUCUGAUGUAUAUAUAGCAAUUAUAUCGGGUAGAAAUGUGAACAACGUAAAAUCAAUGGUUGGCAUAGACGGCAUCACAUAUGCUGGAAAUCAUGGACUGGAAAUUUUACAUCCAGAUGGCAGUAAGUUUGUUCAUCCGAUGCCUGCUGAAUUAGAAGGCAAAGUGGCAAAUUUGAUGCAAGCGUUGCAAGAUCAACUCUGCAGAGACGGUGCUUGGGUAGAAAACAAAGGAGCACUAUUAACGUUUCACUAUCGUGAAACGCCUAUGGAGGGACGUUCUGUGAUGGUUGAACAAGCAAAGAAAAUCAUUGAACAAGCGGGUUUCAAAGCUUGUUCGGCACAUUGUGCUAUCGAGGCGAAACCACCUGUCGAAUGGAACAAGGGCCAUGCUUCCAUUUAUAUUCUACGUACUGCAUUUGGCUUAGAUUGGAGCGAACGUAUUAGGAUUAUUUACGCUGGUGAUGAUGUGACAGAUGAAGAUGCGAUGAAAGCGUUGAAAGGUAUGGCAGCAACUUUCCGUGUAGCGUCGUCACAUAUAAUUCGAACAUCAGCUGAAAGGCGUUUGCCAAGCACGGAUUCUGUGUUGACCAUGCUGAAAUGGGUGGAAAGGCACUUGAGCAGACGUAAACCUCGCAACAGUACUGAAAUUCCUUCUAGAUUCCGUCGUAGCAGCGCUGGCAUUACUAUGGAAAUGUCUUAUACGACAUUAGAAUCCUAGAUGAUGAUGUAACAUUCUACAUUAUCAUAUCGACUGUGUCCUCGACAAGAAUUUUGUAUAUUAUAAACUUAUGAUAUACUUAUAAAGUAAGGACAACUAAACACGAGAGAGAAGAAUAAAAAUAAAAGGACAAAAGGGAAUCUCUAAGUAGUUAAAAUCAAACAAAAAAGCAAAAAAAAAAAAAAAAAAUGUAAAUUGUUUAGCAUAAUCGUGAUGGUAAAACACCAUCAGCUAAUGAACAAAUCAAAUAUCAUGCGAAUACUUUUUCUUUCCAAUGAACUGUAUUCGAGAGCUAUAAUUACAUUCAAAUAUAUAGAAUUAAUUUAAUAGAACAACCGUACAAACAUAUAGAUAUCAGCCAAAAUAAAAGAAAUCUUUUUUGAUGUGAAGCAAAUAAAUCUUUAUAAACUAUUUUUAAUUGAUGUAUCUCUCCGGUAACCAUUUAAAUGGCUUUACCCCAUAAAAUAAAUUAUGAAAAAAUUACGAAAAAAAAAAAACAAAAAAAAAUGAAUGUUAUGUGUGCAGUCGUCAAAUCUCUAUUUCAAUCACGAUGUGUGAAUAUAUACAUGUCCUCCUUUUUUUUGUAAUUUCAUUGUUUAUCGUAUAAUUACAAAAUAUAUUGUACGGUAAUAAUCAGGCUGAAUGUAGUUUUCGGCGAAGCGUGUUUCAUCGAAAACCAUAAUAGGUACUUAGUUAUGUAUAGUUUUUAAGUUCGCGUCGCUCAAAAAACAAUAACAGAAAAUAUCCGAUAUAUAUUGUAAUAUUAUUGAAAUAACUUAACUAAAAGUGAUUUUAUUAACCAAAUAUUGUAUAAUUGCUAUCAAUUUCCGAAACAUGAAAUGAAUAAUUGUAAUGGAAAAAUUUUACAUUGGUACAUUAAAAAAUCAUUACAAAUUAACAUUAAAAAUUAAGAGAAAUCAUUUUAUUCGAAUUUGUAGUCCGCUCAAAAAAGAUCGUAAUCAAUUAAUAUAAUGGAUUUCAGUUUUGCAUUCGUAGAAUUUAAAUUAAUUUGUUAAAUAUUGUAUAUUUAAGUUAUUGAUUUAAAAAUUUUUGCUGCUUGUAUUUCAGCCAUAUUUUGUAUACUUUUGAAAUUGAUAAAGAUGAAUAACGAUGGAUUCUCAUUGAAAUAGAA